AUGGAUCGGAUCCACCAAGUACGAAGAAAUCGCACAAUCAAGAAAACAUGUGCACUUGCAUUCAUGCCACCGCAAGAAGUUGGGAAAAUAUGGACAUUGAUUAUGGAUCAAUUUCAAGAUAUUGAGCAUAUUGAGGAUGAGCCAUUCAUAAUGAUAAAUAAAAUAGCUGCUGGUAAUCUGACACCGUCAACAGCUGUUGGACAAUUUCUACCAUUUGAUCAUUUAUACGGUUAUUGUGUCGAUUUGGCUCGUUUGAUAUGUGAAAAAAAGUUAGACAUUCGUUGUAAAUUUCGUAUUGUCAAAGAUGGUCUUUUUGGAAACAAAGCGACAAAUGGUCUGUGGAACGGAAUGAUUGGAGAACUCGUUCGUCAUGAAGCUGAUCUCGCCAUAGCUCCGUUAACCAUCACUAGUCAACGGGAGAGUGUUGUUGAUUUUUCAAAACCGUUUAUGAACUUGGAAAUCAGUAUUUUGAUUAAAAGACACCAAAUACAAAAACCGAGUGUGUUUUCAUUUAUGAAACCAUUAUCAACAGGAAUUUGGAUGAAUGUGAUAUUCGCUUACAUUGGUGUAAGUGUUAUUCUAUUUCUCGUUAGUCGAUUUUCGCCGUACGAAUGGAACACUGAAGAUGAUACGACUGAAACACCAACACCACAAUUAUCAAACGAGUUUUCCAUAUUCAAUACAUUAUUUUUUGCAUUCGCAGCAUUCAUGCAGCAAGGAGUCGGUUUCAUACCAAGACUUCUGUCUCGUUUAGCUGCGUUUCUUAUGAAUGGUUAUACGGGCGAACGAAUGAUUAUACCCAUUGAAAGCCUGGAAGAUCUAGCACGACAAACGUAUAUGAAGUAUGGAAUGGUGCGAGGAGGUUCAACUCAAACGUUCUUUGAAAAAUCGAAUGUGAAAAUAUUUCAACAAAUGUACACGUUUAUGCAACAAGGUGACGAUGUGAUGGUAAAUAGUACUAAGGAAGGAAUAAACAAAGUUCGGAAAUCAAAAGGAAAAUAUGCAUUUUUACACGAAUCGAUUAAGAAUGAGUAUACGAAUGAACGCGUUCCGUGUGAUACAAUGAUAAUUGGAAGUAGUUUAGAUUUAAAAGGUUAUGGUAUUGCAACGCCAGUUGGAUCAGAACUUCGUGAAGCAAUGAAUAUAGCCGUAUUAGAAAUGCGUGAAGAUGGAACAUUAAAUAGAUUGAAAAGUAAAUGGUGGUAUGAAAGGUACGUUAUUAAACUUCAAUUGAUAUUCAAUGAAUAUUCUACGCUUUUUAGAGCCGAGUGUACUAGUGGAACAACGACAGGAACAAGACCAUUGCAACUUAUUAAUGUUGCUGGUAUAUUUUACAUUCUCAUUGGUGGUUUAGCAUUGGCUAUAAUCAUAGUUGUUCUGGAAUUAGCUUGUUUUGGAAGAAACAGGCGUUUGAGGUAUGAAACAGAAUCUGCGUAAUACACAACAAUUUCUACUAAUGUAAGAUGGUUUUUCCUGUUUUGAAGAAUUUUCGUCACAUGAGAAUUCUCAAAUAACUAUAAUAAUGAUUUGAUAAAUCAUCAUAAUGUCUGCCUUUUUUUGUUGAACGUGUAUAAAUGCUUGGAGAAUCAAGAAGACAAACCGAUUGAGCUAUUCUAACCCCAGAAAUAUUUGAUUUAACUAAUAUAUGAAUCUCUUCUGGCUGAACAGUUUACUCUGGUAGGAUCAUCCGUUAUACGUCGUAUAACUUCCUAGAUAGUGAUCAGUUUGAAGAAAAAAUACUUUAAUUGCUGUUAGUUUGGCACCAUCUUCCUUUCUGUGUGCAAGUACACAAACUUUUCUCGACAAUUUUAUAAUUUUACAAAUUGCUGCUUUACAUUUUUUUCCUCUAUCUUUUAGUUAUAGACGUGGCAAAACCUAAGAAAAUGCAUAUCCAUCAUUGUCGCGUCAAACAACUUUAAACUUAAAUAUUUUCUCGCAUUAAAAAUAUUUGUUUGAAUUUUUUUUGUAUUGCGUUCUUUCUCUGUAGUUCUCAUGUAUUUAUAUGCAUAUUCAACUUUCUGCCUUCUCUGAUGGCAACAGAGAUACAAAUGAACUCUUUUACUUCUAGUUUUCGCAAAUUUUUUUUCUUGUUUUUACUGUUGUUGUUUAAUAUGAAAUCAUCGUUCUCUCUUUCUCUGUCAUCUCUUUAUACGUAUCAAAAUUUUCACUUUUUUUUUCAAAAAAUCAUAAAAAAUAAAACACACACUUUGGAGUUUUUGUUAUAUUUCAUGGCAUAUUUUUAUGUUAGGACAAAUGACUGAUUCUACUGAUAUACAAUACAUUUUCUUCGUUUGUAAUAUAAAUUAAUAGUUGUGUGUAAAACUAAAACCGGAAAAUAGAAUAUGCGUUGAAUUAAUUUUUGAACGUCAAUCAUUCAACUAUCAUCUAACUUGUAAAAUGAUUUCCGAUAACGCUUUGAGAAUGUGCGCUACAGUCAAGCAGACCAUUUGAAAUUAUUUAAUCAAAAAGAUUUUUUCUAUUUUUAAGAUGGUUGAUUGAAUCAUAUUUCGCAAUAUACUAAAAAAGUAACUUUUAGAACGGUUGAGAACUCUUGAGAUUUUACACUAUUUAUACAUUUCAAGAGCUCUAUUAUCGAUUCUGCAAUCAGUACGAAGAACAGUAUAAUAUUACCCAUAAAUAACUGCAAGAUCUAUUUUCCAAUGUUAAUUUACUCGGUAUUAUUACUACAUUACGAGAAUACUUUACAUGGCUGGAUGAUGAUUAACCGACGUUUGAGCGCUCGACAUUUGAGCGCCGACAUUUGAGCGCCGACACUUGAGCGCCCCGACAUUUGAGCGACUGACAUCUGAGCGACCGACAUUUGAGCGACCGACACUUGAGCGACCGACAGUUGAGCGACCCCGACAC